CAUAUGGCCAACCACUCUUAUAUAAUGACCAUUGUGAGAAUAAGGGAGUAAUUCCGACGGAACAUCUUGUGUCAGUGAAAUUUCAGCCAAUUUCCUAUAAACAGUUACAAUCAUUUAAUGAAGAAGGGGAAACGAAAGUAUGUCACACCCUGAUGAUUGCUGAUACUACCUGAAGCCAAGUUUUACAAAUCAUGAUUUGAAGUAUCACAAAUUUACAAACCAGUGCAUGGUGUUCCGGACUGUAUCAGUGAGGGUACUUUAUUGUGCUAAUGUCUGCUGCCACAUGAAACUCGUCCAACACACCUAUGACUUUCACUUCUAAAUGCAGAGCGUUUAGCGAAGGAACAGUCACUACCUAUUUUAACCUCUUGGGUUUGACACUGUCAAGGCAUUGACCGGGCUCGAAUCCCCGCCCUCCUGGUCACGAAGCGAAUGUUCUAACCACUAACGGCUUAAAUCAUAUGUGUCGUCUUAUAGAUACCCAAAUCAAGAUAUAUAUGUACCAGCAUCCAUGAUGAAAUAUGCAAAUUUCUUUGCCUCAGAUAUAAGACCCAUCACAUUUCAUGACACAAAUCACAAAAUGAAAAUCUAUUACUUUGAGCAUUUGAUAAUUUAUUUAAACUCAUUUUCUUUAUUUGUAGACAGCAGCCUAAGGACGGGCUCGUCCAGCUGUUGAGGUAGCGUGUAUACCUACUCAGUAUGCUACUGAUACAACAGAGGAAGGACCAGAGAACUCUCCAUACAACAUAAGGCAGUGUGAAACGUGAGCCAGUCAACAACAGAGGAAGGACCAGAGAACUCUCCAUACAACAUAAGGCAGUGUGAAACGCAAGCCAGUCAAUAACAGAGGAAGGACCAGAGAACUCUAUAUACAUCAUAAGGCAGUGUGAAACGCGAGCCAGUCAACAACAGAGGAAGGACCAGAGAACUCUAUAUACAUCAUAAGGCAGUGUGAAACGCGAGCCAGUCAAUAGGAAUUUGAAAUGAAAACAAACUGGAUGAGAACCAGUAUGUUGGGAUUUUCAAAUUUGUGCCUGAAAUUUAAACAACAGCAGCUUUUCCAGUUUAUUUCUGUUGUUGGAUUCUGAUUUUAGAAUGUGAAGUGUACAGCAUUUAAAGUCCUGAAAAUCACAUAGCUUUCCCUGCUGUGGACCUUUAUAUUAAAACGUGUAAGAAGUCCUCCAUCAACCUAGUUUUCCACAUUUUAACUGAGGUUUUUCUGAAAUCCCAACAUAAUUAGGAUGUCGGAUAAAGAUAGAAAUCCAGGAAAUGUUCCACAAAAUAAUUCAGAAGGAUUGGAUUUUUAUGGAGCAAAUGCACAAACUGUCUUAAAUGGUAGGUAUGCUCCUAUUUUACAGAAAUUUCAAGACUUUGUGAACACCCAGAAUUCCAGUGGAUACAGGAAGCAGUACCAAAUGGUGGUAAUGCAUCCAAAACAUAAUAAGGUGGAAAUCCCAGAUUUAAACAUAGCAGACCAAACUGAAAGAAAAACAUUCCAGAGCAAGGCAAAUACUAGUAGACCAAUCUGGAAUGCUUCCAAUAUCUUUCCAAGUCCUUCAUCUAAUGAAGUAGUCUCAUCAGUUUCCCAAGACUUCAAAUCUGAAGAAUGUGAAGCAUAUUCAGAACCUUAUAAACCAGAAAAAGAUUUGGAGGAUGAGUUUACUCUUUCUAGUCAGUCUCCACAAAUCUCACCAGUUUCCCAAGCACCAAUCUCACCAGUUUCCCAAGCACAAAUCUCACCAGUGUCUCAAGACUUCAAAUCGGAAGACUGUGCAGCAUAUUCAAAACCUUCAAAGUUUGUUUUUGCCUCAUCUUGUGCCCCUUAUAAACCAGAAAGAGAUUUGGAGGAUAGUUUUUCUGUGUCUGUUCUCUCACCAGUUUCCCAAGCACCAAUCUCACCAGUUUCCCAAGCACCAAUCUCACCAGUUUCCCAAGCACAAAUCUCACCAGUGUCUCAAGACUUCAAAUCGGAAGACUGUGCAGCAUAUUCAAAACCUUCAAAGUUUGUUUUUGCCUCAUCUUGUGCCCCUUAUAAACCAGAAGGAGAUUUGGAGGAUAGUUUUUCUGUGUCUGUUCUCUCACCAGUUUCCCAAGCACCAAUCUCACCAGUUUCCCGAGCACCAAACUCACCAGUUUCCCAAGCACCAAUCUUACCAGUUUCCCAAGCACCAAUCUCACCAGUUUCCCAAGCAUCAAUCUCACCAGUUUCCCAAGCUGAUUAUGUACCAGAUGAAGAGCCUUCACAACUUCUAUUUGUAUCAUCCACUGAUCCAGAGAGAGAUUCUGAGCUGUGUGCUACAUAUGGCCAACCACUCUUAUAUAAUGACCAUUGUGAGAAUAAGGGAGUAAUUCCGACGGAACAUCUUGUGUCAGUGAAAUUUCAGCCAAUUUCCUAUAAACAGUUACAAUCAUUUAAUGAAGAAGGGGAAACGCAUAUACUAGGACAUGGAAGAAAAUUUCCAAAUCGGUAUUUGCCGAGUUCGACGCCUUAUAAGUGUGGCAUGUGUGAUAUAACUUUUGGCAAAAGCAGAGACUUGAACAAGCACAUUAAGAAGCAUUGCAAUCCCUGGUGUGCUGUGUGUAAGACGAUGUUCUCCAGUGUAUAUAAAUUGAAAUCUCACAGAUGCCUUCAUCAAUCGAUAUGCUGGAUCUGUUUUGAGAGAGUUAAGGAUACGAGAAAACUCGGCAUUCACUACCGUACUCAUGGAGUUUUUACAAAUGAAGUAAUGUUCAGCUGUGCCGAAUGUGAUGUGAUGUUUCCCUUUGCCAGGAGAUAUGAACUUUGUCUGCACUUAUUAGCAAAAAAAUCCCUGUGUGAGAACUUACGAUUUAAAUGUACGAAUUGUACUUUGAUUCUUAAUACAUUGUCACUGUUUUUCGAACACAUGAAGACAGAACAUGUGAUUUCAGACCGGAGAGGCGCAUUUCAAUGUCCAGUCUGUUCUCAGAUUUAUGUAUGUAAGCAUAAUUUUCAGAAACAUAUGAAAAUCAACAAACACAGAAUAAAAUGCAGUAUUUGUUGUAAAUUUUUCAUAAGCGUGGGAGGAAAUGCAAACAAACAAUUUCAGCUGUGUGAACCUGGUGGUGAAACCAGAGACGAAGGAAUGAUUAACACCAUGGCAACAAAAGAAGGCGGGAAGAUCGGAAUGAACUCUGGAGAAACGGAUGAAGAUUCCUCGAGAUGUAUUCAAUGCAAAUUGCGCUUUAAAUGUAAGUUAACUUUGUUGAAAUGUAGCCUGUUUCAAAAUAUACACAAGUGCCUGGUUUGUUCAAGAAUGUUCUGCAAGUUGUUUCUUCUGAAAUCACACAUGAAUAUCCAUGUACUCUACGCACACCACAGCUGUUAUGUAUGUGGGAAAAGAUUUAGCCACACCAGAAAUCUAAAGCUGCACAUGAAGACCCAUGUGUUCCACCCCAACUACUCUUGCAAAGUGUGUGGAAGAAAAUUCGUCCAUCGUCAUCAUCUUAACUUACACACAGAAUUACAUUUGAGAGAAAAAUUUCUAUGCGUCAUAUGCAAUAAAGGAUUCAAUAAACUUUAUCAAUUCGUUCGCCACAGGAAGUUACAUCCACGCAGUUGUACAAGUCGAAAUAAAAAGGAUGUGAAAUUAAGCAAAAGAGGUAAAAUUUAUCUCAAGAAAGGCGUACGUUGGAAAACAACUCCACAUGAACGCAAACCGUGUCUAUGUCACAUCUGUGGUAAGAUGUUUAAAUUAGAGAGUGAUUAUAACAAUCAUAUGACGCUUCACACAAGGACGGAAUGACAGAACACCAGUCUGUGAACAGAAGCAUUAAAUAAGACAUCCACUAAUGUCAUCUGUGUGGACGGUAGCCCUGGCAUCAGCAGAUUCUGUGUAAACGGUUGUCUGGCAUCGGCAGAUUCUGUGUGAACGGUUGUCUGGCAUCGGCAGAUUCUGCGUGAACGGUAGCCCUGGCAUCGGCAGAUUCUGUGUGAACGGUAGCCUUAGCAUCGGCAGAUUCUGUGUGAACGGUAGCCCUGGCAUCGGCAGAUUCUCGAGAGACAUUGUGAGGUUUGCUUGAAAGAUUUUUCGGAAGUGUGUCAGCAUCAAUCAGACACAGGGCUCAUAUUAUGGACUGAUAGAUUCGGAAGUAUAUAAAAUUUCAUGUGAACCUGUCAAUCCGUGAUCAUACUGAUAUUCAUGAAUAAAACUGAUCAUAAUGAA